AUGCCUCCCUCCGGUCUGGCAAUACUCAUUGGAGCGGGACCUACCAGCGGCGCAGGCAUAUGUAGAAUUCUCGCACAUCCAUCUCAUGGAAAUCUUGCCGUCGCUGUUCUGGCUCGAAAUUCGGAUAAUCUGAAUGCGGUAGCGAAAGGAAUCCGCUCGUCCACUCCCAACCCAGUAGAAGCCUUUCCCACCGACACCUCGCCCGAGAAGCUCUCCAAAGCUUUCUCCGACAUCCGCUCCCAUAGCUCCUUCAAGGACUUGAAGCUCAAGGUGGCUGUUUUUCAUGUCAAACAUGCCUCCAAGAAACCUUUUCUUGAGGAAUCUCAUUCCGAUUUCACCGAAUCGCUCAACACGUAUGUUGGAGGUGCAAUGGCAUUUUCAAAGGAGGUAGUGAGGAUGCUCUUCGACCAACACGGACAGACACUUCUGGCAGACGGUGGUGGAAAGAAAGGCACACUGAUCUUUACUGGGACCCUCGGGGCCAUGAGAACGAAUGCGAACUUUGCGGCAUAUGGAGCUUCGCGGUCAGGGGCACGGUCGCUGGCCCAAGCCUUAGCGAAAGAGUACUCGCCGAGUGGCAUACAUGUCGUACAUACAAUAGCAAACGGCGGGAUCAAGGACGAAGAUGGGGAAGCACAGCACCAGGGCAAAGUCAUGAAGGCUGAAAGCGUGGGGUGA